AUGACUUCAUCCUCGCCGGAGCUCAUUCCCACGGUGGAAAUUGUUGAGGAAGACCCCCAAACGCCAACAUUGAAGACGGUUAAUGCUGCAGAUGCCUACGACUGGCAGCAGCGCGCGAACACUUCCGAGCAAGAACUCUCCGUUGUGCGCGUUAAGUUUGAACGAGAGAAGCGACGGACUCGACGCCUUCAAUCUCAGCUUAACGAGUAUAUUGAAGCAUUAGCAUACUCAACACAAAGUUGUGAACAGAUCAUGAAACAAUGCCAGCUUGCGUCCAAUACAAGUCUGGCCAUAUCUGAGGAUCUGAGGAGGGCGAAAAUAAUGGUGGAGACUUUAGAGGCUGUAAUUGUGCUGCUUUACACGUCAUCGAAGGACCGGGACGGUACAGCAGGGCUCAAAGGAGGUGAUUGA